AUGACAUCCCCGGACUCCCCUCCUCUGGUCUCCCCUUCCCCGUGUCCUGCUCCACCUCCGUCUCUCCCCUCCUCCCCCAUGCCUUCCUCCCCGGCCCCUUCCUCCGCCUCCUCCCUCCCCGCCCUGCCCUCGCUGCCCCCCACGGGGGACGUGAUGGUGCUGGCUCUGGGCAGGAAGAAGCAGCGGGUUCUGAUUGCGCUCUCCAUCCUGCCCAACCUCUUCCUGGCCUUCCUGCUCUCCUCCGACCCCCUGGUCACCCUCUCGCCGCCGCACCACUGCCACCUGCCGGGGCCCCCGCCGUCCCCCGAGGCGCUGAAGGCCUCCCUGCCCUGGGAGAAGGGCGGGAGGCCCGGGGACAACGGGAGCCUGUCCCAGUGCAGGCAGUACGUCAACGGCAGCCGCUCGGCGGCGGCGGAGUGCGAGGCCGGCUGGGACUACAACGUGACGGAAGGGCUGAGGAACAACAUCGUCACCGAGUGGGAUCUGGUGUGCGGUCAGUACUGGCUGGUCCCAGUAGAGGAGGUGUGUUUCAUCCUGGGCAUCCUCACUGGCUGUCUCAGCCUGGGCUUUGCAGCCGACAGACUGGGCCGGUCCAAGACUCUGCUGACCUCUCUGACCCUGUCGGUGGUGUUUGGUGUGCUGGUGUGCGUCUCCCCGUAUCCCUCCAUCUUCAUCGUCAUGCGCUUCUGCUUGGCGGCGGCCAGCGCGGGAGUCUACCUCACCCUCUACAUCACUCGUCUGGAGCUGUGCGAGUCCUCUCUGAGGCUGCUGGUGACCAUGAUGGCCGGGCUGAUGACUGUAGCCGGGGAGCUUCUUCUUCUGGCCGUUGCCCUGGGGUGCCAGUCCUGGAGGGGCCUGCUGGGAGCCGGAGCCGCCCCACUCACACUGUUCCUCUGUUACGGCGUUCCCGGGGUGUUCCCCGAGUCUCCUCGCUGGCUCCUCCUGUCAGAGAGGUCUGCAGACAUGAGCUCCUUCACUGAGAGAAGAAACUCCAACAGAGAUAUGAGGGAUGACGAGAGCUUCACAGAGCUGGAUUCUGAGCCCGCCCCCUCCUCGCACCCCCACCUGUCCUUCCAUGAACUCCUCUACAGCAGGAACAUCUGGAAAAACCUGUGUGUGCUGGGCUUCACCUCAUUCAUCUCCCACGGCAUUAGUCACUGUUACAGCUCUUUCCGGGGUGACGUCAAAGGCACGGCCCCCAGCUUCUACUGGACGUACCUGCUGUCUGUGUGCGCAGGGGGGGGCGCCUGGCUGUUGCUCUGGGCGACCGUGGACAGGUACGGUCGCCGUGGCAUCCUGCUCCUCUCCAUGACGAUGACGGGGCUGGCCUCUCUGAUCCUCCUGGGACUCAUGAAGUAUCUCAGUGAGACGGCCAUCACCGUUUUCUCAGUGCUGGGUCUUUUCUCCUCCCAGGCCACCGCCUCCCUGUGCAUCCUCUUCACUGCAGAGAUCAUGCCCACCAUCAUCAGGGGCACCGGUGUGGGCGCCGUUCUGUCCCUGGGCUGCGUGGGCCGCCUCACUUCCCCGCUCAUGGACCUGAGGAACCACUACGGCUACUUCCUGCACCACGUGGUCUACUCCUCUCUGGCCCUGCUGGCCGUGCUGUCCAUCCUCCUGCUGCCCGAGAGCAAGAGGAAGCCGCUGCCCCAGACGCUGGCCGACGGGGAGCAGUACAGGCGCCCGCCGUUGGGCAGGAGGAGGAGGGACAACGUGCCGCUGCUCGCCACACCCAACCCAGAGACCUAAAAGACCCCCUGAAAGAGUGCGAUGGACUCUACCGCAGCCAGAACAUUCCCACCCAUCGUGUUCACGCACAGGAGGAGGACGGCCCCCCCGGUGCGGAGAAAAGGGCCGCUCAGAUGAAGGGCGGUGAUGCGCGUGGUCGGCGCGCCCGAGAUCCCUCGCAUUUGAUCUUUUAGUCAUCGCAGACGCAGGCGCUCGGGUCCAGCCACCGUUUCUUGUCGCCGUGCUCACAGAAACCCCCCCUAUCAUGUGACCCACCCCGCCGCGUCUGUGGUGUAGAUGUCAGCCGCUCACCUCUGGCUCUCCGGACCAGACGGGGCCUGUAGAGUAGUCGCAUUCGAUUCUACACAACCUGCACAGAGCGACUCAUUUGAGUGUUUUUUUCCCGCUUGGUACGACGACUUUGUGUGCUUCUCUGUGACGCUCGUGGUAAACGUCUCCCAUGUGGCGCUCCUGAGAGGGACGGACCACAGCUCCCUUACGUGAGUUGUAAUACUCGCCUUGUAAAUACUCUGUGAAAGACGACCCCGUGUGCAGUGGAGCGGCAGUGCAAACAGAGAUGGCAGUUGUUUAUUUGACCCGAAUCUUAAAAUUGAAAUGAGUUUUAGGAUCAUAAAUCAUCCAGUUGGGAUCUGAAUCUUAACAAAAUAAAAAAGCCCUUUUAAUAUACACAUGUUCAAAUGUGACACUUUAGUAAAUGGCCUGGAGCCAGCAAUAUUUAUGUCUUAUUUAUGUUGUUUAUGAAGAAUAAUCAAUAAACCAUCCGGAGGCCUGGCCUUUGAAGGAUCAAGCUAAAUGUCGUCACACAGGAUGGAGACGAAUCGGACUCUCUGAUCCAGCAGGGACGCAGCGCAGCGUGUUUCUGUCAGUAUUCCCUCAGAACGCAGCGUUACUAUCGUCAUACCUCUUUAGAAGACCCGUCUCAGUUGAGAAUAGUCGGGUACGAACAAACCACAGUAGAAGCUUAACUUGUAUAACCGGACACAUUUAAAUAUAUUUCGUCAGCACCUUUAAAUGUGGGCGUUAGGAACGAGGUUUGUGUUAUUUUGUGUGUUGAUGCUGGAGAAACGGCGGUGAUUUUGCCCCACAAGGUCCUUAACCAAGCACCACGGGCUUUUUUCUUCUAAUAAAACGUUCAAGUUGAAGGACACUAACUUUCUGACCUGCAUCCGUCUUCGGUAGUUCUUUCACUCUGUAGGUUGCACUCAAGUCGUAAGAGUUAAACACUGACAAAUAUUAGCACUACGAUUAAGUCGCAUUACGUCUGACAACACUGUUCAAUGAUUAUGAUGCUGUUAACUAUAUAGCCUGAUCGAACGUCAAAUAAAACACUUAAAUAAACAGGA